AUGUUCCCAAUGAAAAAGCUGGUGUACAACACGCAGCUAGACGAGCCUUUCCUACCUCCAGAAUACAGGCCUCCAGAGGUUGUUGAUUAUGAAGAAGAGGCUCAUGUAGAGGAAAGGUUCUGUAAGGCAACCACUCUGAUUAUAGUCGUUCUGUUUGUUUGUGGAAUUUUGGCAUUCGGACUAUCGGUUGCGAUUUUGCACUUUUUUGGGACCGGAGAAGAUUCCGAUAUUGGAACAGACAAAACCCCAACAAGCAGCACAAUUGGCAUAAUAGUGAUUCUGAUAUUAUGUGGAAUUUUGGCUCUGGGACUUCCCGCAGCCGUUUGGCGUUAUUAUGAAAAUUUGGAUAGCGAACCAAUGGCUCCACCCACACCUCUGGAAAUACCCGUGCGAGAUGUGGAAAUGACCACGAUUGUCAAUUCAGCACCACCUGUCUAUGAGAAACGAAUAAUCGGAUUCUACGAUGAAUUUGAAUCCAGGGAUAUUCGUAAAAGUCAACUCUCUAAACUAACUCAUGCAAUAAUCGCAUGUGUUCAAAUGACGGAGAGUGGAAGACUUCAAUUCAAGAACAAGACCAUGGAACAAAGAUUUUUGAGUUUGAAUAAAAAAUCGAAAAAUAUGGAAAGCAAUGUAAAAGUGAUGAUUUCAAUCGGAGGAAGCCAAAACUCGGAGCAUUUUUCUACGGUUCUGGGGAGUUGGAGAAGGAAACGAAAAUUCCUGAAAUCCAUUGUCUCAUUCGUAAAAGAUCAUCAAAUCAAUGGCGUUAAUGUAUACUGGGAACAACCAACUGAAUCUAACAAGUUCAGAUACUCCAAAUUUCUUAAGCAGUUGAGAAAAAAGUUGAAUGAAUUGGAAAAGAAAGCUGACCAAAAAUUGGUUCUAUCCAUUGUAGCUCCCCGAGCAGGAAUCGACGGGGAAUCUGGAUUCGAUUUGGAUGGAAUUCUAGAACACGUGGAUUUCAUAAAUGUAUUAUCUAUGGAUUACUAUGCACCAUGGCCUAAUCAAUCGGGGACACCUGCCGGACCAUCAGCUUCGGCGCGAUUUAACCUAGUUUUUUACUGA